AUGAAAACAGCAGUUUUCAUCACUUUAUGGAUGUAUUGCUUCUUAAGUCCAGGUAAGGGAGGUUAAGGGAGAGAACAUUCACUCCUUGGUACUACAUAUGGAAACUUGUCAUUGCUUGUACGUCGAAAUUUUAUUAUCUAUGUUUAAAAUUAUGUUUAAAGAUUUUUUUUAAAAACUUUGUCUUUGUGCUUAGGAUAAGGGCUGCCCGGAAUUAAAAUAUUUUUUGUGUGAAAUCGAUCAGUCAUUUCUUGUUAAAAGUGAACGUCAUCUAAUGUUUUAUACUCAUUGUUGUUUGCUAUCCAGACUGUAAAACUGACUCAAAUUAUACUCACUUUUGUUAGUGUCGCCUAAAGUGGAAAAGGCUCGCAUCGACAAAAGCCGUUCAGACCGUGUAAAAACUACUCCUCUAGGAAAAGACGCCACUUUAAAUUGUGUUUACACUGGUAACCCCCCACCUAAGGUGCACUGGACAAAAGACGGCAAGAAACUGGACACCAAUUGCAAGUACUGUGUACAGAAAGUAGAAAAUAUGGACGGAGUGAGUACGUUACGCGUGACUCCCUAUCGUGACAUUGACUUUGGCGACUACAAGUGUAGAGCCCGAAACAGACUAGGAUUUGGUGACAUCACGAUAAAGCUUCAAGAGGAUAAAACGAAAAGUAGGUUCUGCGUUAAGCAAAGGUUGAAACGCAACCGUUUUCAGGCUUGUAUUUUUUUCCUCAUCCCUAUAAUCAGUGCGAAAGAAUAUAAUGUAUUUAAUUCUUCCCUCAAAAAUGGGCCCCUCCCAUUUUUGAAGGGAAAACCCCUGGAGACGAGGUCAGAUGGCAGGCGCGUGCGGGCGUGGAGGGCGCGUGAAGCACCAGCAAGCAAACUCGCGCUCCACACCCACCAUGCGCCUAGCCUUCAGUAUGGCCGUGCUCCUUUGAAACAAAAGCUUAAAAAAAUGACGCCUGUUCUGCAGGCUAGACUACUUUUGUUAAUUCUUUUUUCUAUAGUCAGCCACAAAUCUGAGAAAUCUCCUCUCAUGAUGCGUGGACGUGUCCACGCGGUCAGGCACACUGUAGCCUGCUUAGCAGGCGUUUUUCCUCCCUUCCUCCUCGCGCACCCCUCGCGUUUCUCUCGCGCCCAAAACCCCCUUUCCCUUCACUUUCAAACACCUGCCACGCAGACUACCGGUAGGCAUACUGAGAAGUUUUAUUUUCCAUUUCCCUUGCCCCCUACUUUCGGAAAAGACCUCUUGAAACGAUUGCCGGUGCCCGGGAUGACUGAUUUGUUCCACUCAACUAGGGGUGGUAAAAUUCAUCCAUACAAACAAAACUAUUAAUUCCAUAUCAGCUUAAUUCUACCCGGUUUUGUUGACACCCAACCUCGUUCCCGGGUUCUCUGUUGGAGAGAACCCCUCAUUGGUAAAGAAUCGGGAUUUUGGCGGUUUUAAACGCACUAUGAUAUCUUAUAGAUUCCACGCAAUGUCAGCGAGACCGCAUCGUGGCGCGUGACCCAAGACUGCGACUCGAAUUUCUGCCUCGAUGCAAUGCAAACGGUGCGUAUCACGUGAUCCAAUGUUCUAUUCAUCUGGACACUUGCUGGUGCGUGGACCAAUCAGGGCACAAGAUCGCAGACGCUGUAGAUGGUCGGAACGGAAAACACUGUGGAGAAAAGCCAAGAGGUAGAACACUGUCUUCUUGCGGAAUUUGUACUCCUCUUCCCUUAUGAUCAUGACAGGCACAAAUUUGGUCCAAAAAUAAAAUCCAUGGCCAAGAAACUAAUCCCCGGCGGGCCAAGACCAUUUUCUGGAAUAGUCUCCCUUGUGCUUAUACAGGAGAAAAUAACCUCGAAACAUCCAUCUCUCCUAUAAGACCUGGGCCACAUCGCAUUAACACCAAACUUUCAUGCUACUUACAGAUUAAUCUUUGGCGUCAAAAAUAUCUCAUCCAAAUAUUUCAUCCAACCAUUGCUUUUACUCAUUAAUUCCACGGGUUUUACAGAAAGUGAUACAGAAAAGUAUUCGUUUUCGUUGACCUUGAAGAUCCAGAGAGUGAUUCAUAUAAGAGAAUGUAGAUUGAAAAUUAUUUUUACCCUGAAUUGUACUAAACUUACGGAAUUCUUCCAGUGUCACUCACUGUUUAAGGACUAAAACAGAUUUCAUUAAAUUGAUCCUUAGACAUGAAGAUGGUCGCCAUCAUCGUUGUGAUUAUAGCCAGUGUGAUCUUCCUACUGCUAUGUGAUUACAUAUGCCACGUGACUAAACAGAAAGGCGUUAUCAACUUUCUCAUGCACCGUACUAACAGAAGACUUGAAUACGAAAAAUGUGAGUACACCAUGUUGCCUGUCAAUCAUUAGUUAGCUCAAGCAAAGGCGACGGCAACGAGAAUGGUAGAAUAUCAAUAGGUUUUCGGACAAAUCUUCAGACAAAGUUUUGGCUAAACUUCCAGAAAAACUUGAGACAAACUUUCGGAAAACCUUCCAGACAAACUUCCAGACAAAUUUCCACUACACGUGGUUAGGCUUUGAUAGAUUGUGCUAGCAUAAUGUUUGGUAUAAUUCGUCAUUUGGAGCAAAAUUUUCAAUAAUUUUUCAGUUAACAAAUGUUGUUACAGCUUUUUCUCGUUCUCUUGCAGUAAAAAGCAAAGAUAAAGCGUCCGGUUCGAAACGCCAGGAACAUUCCGUCGAAGAACCUCAGUGA